AUGUCGAAAAGAGUGGGCCAUUUUCAACUGAAACAGCCGGUAAACGCAAAGAAACCGAAGCUCGACAUCGACAAUCCACCGCCACCACCGCUAGCAACCAGUUCAUCGAAUAAACGAUCCAGCACAGUUGCCAAAAAUGACCAAAAAAUUGACUCUCUUUGGGGCGAUGAGGACGACGAGUUUAUUGUGUUGGCCUCGCAGGCCGUCGAAGAGUUGGAGAUGUCUCAACAAGUGCUCAAUGGUUCGUCGGCUGCGGACAUUACGUUCGGAAAGUUUAGUAGCCAUGUAAAGACAAGCACGCAAACCGUUUCCAUGGGAAACGGUCUCGCGAUUGCUAAGCACCCACCGAGGGCCAAGGAUAAACUGGUCGCUGAGCUGUUUGCCGACGGUAUGGACGACAUUUUUUCGGAAAAGUUCGACGACAACUAUCAGACCAUUGGAAAUCAGAUCGACGACUAUUUCAACAACGAGUUCGAUGAUGAGUUCAAUUUAAAUGAAUUUCGUCAGGAGGACCAGAAACCGGCCGUAAGGGGACGGCUCGAACCGAGCGACAACGCGACGCCGUCAUGCUCUUCUAGCGUGUUCAAGGCUCCGUCGCUACCAUCGAAGCAAUGUACUACGAGCGCAACCAGUACCUCGGUUGAAACCACUUUGGGUGAAGCGGUCAACGGUAUGCCAAGUGUAGUUCCCACGAACCACGCCGUUGAGCGGGCGAAAGCCGAACAAGAGGCCAGAGAAAAGGCUGCUAAAAAGCAGGAACAUGCGAAGGACAUCCAGGUGAAGUUUCUGACCAAUAGGCUUGAGCAGAUCGAACGAAAGGCGGAAACACUGCAGAAGGACUACAAUGAAGCGGUGGAAAAGGCACAGGUAAAGGACGGCGAGGUGUCCGUGCUGCGGUACGAACUGAAAACGGUCAAGAGCACCAACGAGCAGCUGCGCAUGGAGAAGAUCCGUGAGAAGGAAACGAUAAAAAAAGAAUGGGUUGAAAAGCUGAGAGAUCUCGAGAAAGUGAUCAUGUCGCAAAAGGUCGAACUGGAGUCCAAGGAUAUGGAAGUGAUGAAUCUACGUACCAAGCGCCUGAACAAUACAGUGCGCAGUGUGGAACAACCACGCGGCAUGGAUCCACCGCCGGAGCCAGCACCGGUGGUGGUGGAAAGUUUCAUUCUCUCAGCACUCCUGCCACGGCUGAUGCUUCGCGAUGGGGAAGAACCGUCACCCGAUCGUCGUGUAACGGUUGAUCCACACGUAUUUGAAAUAUCAUCCGAAAGCGCCGAACAGCACGGUCGGUGGAGGAAGUUUUCUAAUUUUUCGCGAGUCGAUUCACUAAUGAUAGCACGGCUCAACGCUCUCCAAACCGUUCUGACGCAGCUCAUCACCCAACCUAAUGGCUCGAAAACCCACUUGAAGCUCCCGGCUGCCCGGCUUGCCACCGUCGUGCGAUCGUGUGAACAAGCGUUUCGCGACAUCACGCAAUACUGUAGCCGUUUGGCGCCUGCUUUGGCGAAAGAGAAAGAAGUUAAUACCAACGCCGGUGCCGUUGGUCGAAAAAUGGCGCCAAGCUGUAGCCGCAGCAAAAUGGACCACUGCUCGAUGAGUAUUUUCCAGCGCGACGAACUGUUCUCGGGCGAACAGGCGAAAGUUACGCGUCGUUUCCUUGCCCUCCUGGGCCUGCUGUGCAGAAUAUCGAGCGAGCUGGUAACCGAUACGUUGCUUAGAAACGGGCUUCUGGAGCAACUGGCAAGGGACGUUAAACUCAUUAGCAACUCUAGUGCCUUUCAGAUGCACCACGGAAUGGUAACGGGUGUGGCGGCGCUGCUAAAGGGCAUCAGCUUCCAGUUCCACCGAGCUGCCGGCGAUGGGCGCGAGCUGAUGGUUCUGUUCCGCUCGAUCAUCCUCUGCCAGACUGACGCACCGUCAUCUUUGGUGGAACUGUCGGAGUUUUUGCGCCGAAUGUCUGGCUAUGCGCGCAGCGCACUGCCGCUGGAGGAACUGUGUCGCAAACGAGCCCCUUCACAGAGCGAUUCGAGCAAAAGGUAUCGAUUGAAAACGGUCAGCUUUUCUGACGAGACGUGCACGCUGCAAAUGUACGCCUCGCUGUUGGAAUCGUCCGUUAAGCCAAGCGUUCCGUACGAGUCCUGGCAGCUGCAACCGUUACUAGCGAAUGUGGAAAAUACGAUAUGCUUUCUGCGGAAUGCUAUGCUGAAACCAGCGCGCUGGCUACAGGAUUUCGUGGAACGAUCCCAGGUGGGCCGGUUAUGCGAACUGUGUCACAUCCGGAUAGUUUCGGCGUUCAUAGUGCUACUGCAUCGGGUGUUGCUCUGUUGGCAUCAAAACACGCUGGUGGAGGAAUCAGACAUUGUUCGACUGCAAGGCAUAGCACAAAAGGGAACCCUUUUGCUGUUCGACGUGUUCCACACGGCAUAUCGCAGUAAACUGCUGCGGCUGGCUGGUCCCGCCAUUCAGUGCCGGCUUCGAAUCAUCUACAACUGGCUACAGAUGCAGCAGCAAGAGUUCGAAUUCCAACCCGUCCACUCCACCGCUCUCCGAACACUGGACUUGCGGCUUCUCAUAAACGAACCCCUCAAGGGGCACUCCGAUAAGGAAAUCGCCGAUUCGAGUGCGUCCAAGGAUCCCAUCCACGACGGUCGUAGCAGUGACAGUCUCGUGGAAGCAUUUCAUGUGGAUUUUUUUAGAAAUAAAUUUACCACUCCGGGAUGA